CCUGACUGGGCAAUAUCGUCAGCUCCCUCUCACUCCCCCUCUCCUCUUUUGCUUCUUUCCUCUCUAGACAGAGAGAAAGCCAUGCCAUCUUUACAAUGGAAAACCACGGCAUUGGCUUUAACUUUGUUUCAACUGCUCCAUCUCAUCAAAGUGGAAUCUUCUCUCUCUCAACCGGACAGAAUCAACCAGCUACCGGGGCAACCCCAAGUCAAUUUCCAGCAGUUUUCUGGGUACGUGACCGUUGACGAGAAGAAAACGAGAGCUCUGUUCUACUACUUUGUCGAAGCUGAAGUAGAUCCCGAUUCUAAGCCUCUUGUUCUCUGGCUCAAUGGAGGGCCCGGUUGUUCUUCAUUGGGGGUGGGGGCAUUUUCUGAGAAUGGACCGUUUAGACCCAGUGGGAAAGUGCUGGUCAGGAAUGAAUACAGCUGGAACAGAGAAGCAAAUAUGUUGUAUUUGGAGACACCAAUUGGAGUUGGAUUCUCUUACUCAAGUGAUACGUCAUCUUCUUUGUCUGUAAAUGACAAGAUCACAGGCAUGUCCAAUCUGGUCUUCUUGCACAAAUGGUUUGUCAAAUUCCCACAGUAUAGAAACAGAAGUUUGUUCAUUACAGGAGAAAGCUAUGCUGGUCACUAUAUACCUCAACUAGCAGAACUUAUGAUACAGUUCAACAAGAAGGAGAAGUUGUUCAAUUUGAAAGGAAUUGCUCUGGGCAAUCCAGUUUUGGAAUUUGCAACUGAUUUCAACUCAAGGGCUGAGUAUUUCUGGUCUCACGGACUUAUAUCGGAUCCCGCAUACAAGUUGUUUACUUCCACUUGUAACUAUUCUCGCUACGUGAGCGAGUACUAUAGAGGAUCCGUGUCUCAAACUUGUUCAAAAGUGAUGAGCCUAAUAACCAUGGAAACAAGUAGAUUCGUGGACAAUUAUGAUGUUACCCUUGAUGUGUGUAUAUCAUCCGUGCUUUCUCAGUCCAAAAUCCUCAGUCCCCAGCAAGUUACCGCAGAGACGGUGGAUGUGUGUGUGGAAGACGAAACUGUAAGUUACUUAAACAGGCGAGACGUGCAAAAUGCUCUCCAUGCGCGCCUUGUAGGAGUCAACAAAUGGCUUGUUUGCAGCAAUAUCUUGGAUUAUGAGUUGCUCGACGUGGAGAUACCAACAAUUUCUCUUGUGGGAAAAAUCACCAAGGCAGGAAUCCCAGUAUUGGUUUACAGCGGAGAUCAAGAUUCUGUUAUCCCAUUGACUGGAAGUCGAACAUUGGUUCAGGGACUGGCUCAAGAAUUAGGACUGAAAACGUCGGUGCCAUAUAGAGUUUGGUUUGCAGGGAUGCAGGUUGGCGGAUGGACUCAAGUCUACGGCAAUAUCCUUUCUUUUGCCACCAUUAGAGGGGCAUCCCAUGAGGCUCCAUUCUCUCAACCCGAGAGAUCUCUUGUGCUAUUCCAGGCAUUCAUACAAGGCAGGCCUCUACCGGAAGCAUUCUGAUCUACUGAUCAGCUUGCAGAUAAUGAAUCUGGUUUUGAGAUUGUAAUUAAAGUUUGAUAAGUGAAGGCAGUAGUUGGUUGAUCUUUGAGAAUGAGAAGUGCAUUCUUUUGUUUGUUUUUCGGGUUUGUCCAAGCAAUGGAACUCUUGAAAUAGAAGCAUUUUGUAAAGGUUUCAAGAAAAUGAAAGAAUAUGUUGUCUGCUUGCUCUC